AUGUCUUUACGAAUUCUGACCGACCUCCCCCUUGAAAUAUUCUUGCUUAUCGCCGAGAACCCUGAGUGUGAGAAAGACAUCGACGCUCCAUCGCAAGUGAAUCGUGGUCUUUACAACCUCCUCAACCCAUACCUCUAUCGCAUGAACAUCUGA